CGCGAGGAGGAUCUGCAAGCCACGGAGCCACUUAUGUUAUCAGUCAAUAUUGCUGCGGGGACUGCGCCUACCACUAGGUAGAAUCAUUAAUUCAACGCUUCGCUGGAGCGCUCAUGGUCGCAGACACUCUCAUACAUCACACUGCACCUCGAGCACCUCACAGGCGUGCCUUUUUAUUGUCCACAUUGUCUGCUUACUUGUUCCUUCAAGGAUCACAGUGGGGCUACAUAUCUCCAGAGUCUCUGCAAUCCAUUCGAACGGUACCACAGCGGCACGGAAACCCUGGAACGGCUCCUGGAUUAAGCGAUGACCGAGCGUUGAAUGUGACAGGCGCAUUCUAACAUAGGGAUGCACUCAGCCUUUCCGACGUUCCUCCGCAUUUGCUAGUCUCCCAUCUCUUUCAGAAAGUGAGAUGCCGUAUCUGGUCUAUAUGGCAUUCGUCGCUCUGCUUUAGCGUUCUCAAGUCAUCACUGCAGCGCUCUCUUUCCUCCGAGCACCAAUGGAGCAGGAACGCCCCCUUUUGCGGCCCCUGCUGCCCACGACUAUGAGAAAAGCGGCGACGCCACUACAGCGUCGGCCCCGAGACCGAGUCGCAUCUGCGUGUGAGGCGUGCAGGCAGAGAAAAACAAAAUGUAACAGCGCAGAGCCUGGAAGUGAUGGCGUGCGACCGGUCUGUUGGGAAUGCCAACGCAGAGCGACUGCUUGUCACUAUGCUGCGCAUCUGAGUGAGACACAAGGCCAGGCUGUCAAACGAAGACACAAUCUUCUUCAGCGCCAGAAUGACGCUUACGCUGAAUUGAUUGUUCUCAUCCAGACACGCCCCGACAAUGAGUCGCUCGAAAUUCUGCGGCGCAUUAAGAUGGGCGCUGAUGUUGAAGAUAUCCUCCGCCACGUUAGAGACGGAGACCUCCUCGUGCAGCUAAGUGUAGAGCCAGAAACUAGGCUGCGAUACACCCUUCCUUACAUGGAUUCGAUGCCCGAGUUCUUGUUGGUUCAAAAUAACCAGUACCUUGCCACUCCAUUGUAUGAAGCGACGUUCAAAUCGCCCAGCUCUUUGCCGGAUGCUAUGGACCCUGAUAAAGCGAACACGAUGCAAUGUAUGGGUCCUUAUAUGAUACCAAGUCACGCAGCUGAAGUGGUAGAGCCUAUACUUGACCGUGUCCACGCAAGACAAUGGACAAACAUCAUUUCUGAUGAUGGCCUCUUCCGUCGUCUUAUUACCAUAUAUCUUGCCAACCAUCACGCUACAUUCUUUUGGUUCAACAAGGAGCUGUUCCUUGAAGAUCUCGCUGCACGACGCACACAAUUUUGCUCGUCUCUGCUAGUCAAUGCUGUACUCGCCGCUGCAUGUCAAGCUUACAAGGGAAUCCCCAACUUGGCUAAGUUUUGGAUGCCCAUGAAUCUCCAGAAUCGCUUUCUCCUCGAGGCUAAGCGGCUAUGGGAACUCGAAAUGGACAUCAGCCGUCUUACCUCGAUUCACGCCGCACAGGUGAUACACUCUGUCUUAAACGUAAAUGGUUUGAGUACCGUGGGCGACUUUUAUACUUCACAAGCUAUCAUCAUGGCGCAGAACCUGCGUAUAUUCGAACCAGCACCCCGUCAUCUCAGCCCAAGGCUUCGAAGAGGGCGGGAAUUCACAGCGUGGGCGUUAUGGCUAUGGCAAGUAGGUGUGACGUACUAUUAUCGGCGCGCACCUUUCAUCCCAGAGCCCCCAGCAUUCAAGGCCCCCAAUCCCGACGAUGAUUUUGAAUGGUAUGGUGAGGUCUAUAUCAGAUAUCCAUUGAGUCCGACAGCCACACGCAUGUAUCUCGGGCAUGUGAUGAAAGCUACGAUCGACUUACGGAUCAUCAUGAACGACAUUGCCCUGGAGCAAUUCGCUUCUCAGGAGCUGAAACCUCUAUCCUCCGCGCAACUACUUGGAUUUAAACGAAGACUAGAGGCCGUGAUACAGAAACUUCCUGCAACUCUUUCUCCAAGCAGAAUUUUGCUCCCUUGUCACUUCAAUGUUCACGCCGAAUAUCACAUGACCAUGCACAGCCUCUUCCAAUCACGUGCCGGUCCAGUCUCACCACAGCUAUUCGAUGGUAGAACUGCAGAUCAGAUCCAGAACGAUGCCCAUAUACGGUUCGAAACGAUAUUGCGCGUCCAGUAUCAACGACACGGCUUCCACGCCUACGAUGCUUGGGGUUUACUCUUUCUCAUCUACCUUGGUAACCUGGCACUACAUUCACUCAGUAAUGAUGGUCCCGAUGCAGUGGCCAAGCCAUGCACCACAGAGUCCAUGCGUUCCACUGUUGUACUCUGCAUCAAUGGACUCAUCGCCCAAUCACACUCAGUCUAUGCUGGAACGUUACUAUCUUGCAGUAUGGUCGAGCGGUUGAGACCAGCCGAUAAGGUGCUGCUUGACCGCCACAUUUCCCCUCUUAUUGGACAAGUCGACCACCCUUUCGAUAGUGAGUGGCCUUUACCUAAUAUUAAAGCCGAGCGAGACGAGGAGGCGUCCAUGAACUACAUACUGAGGAACAUGCGCGAGUUGUGAAUAGUAAGAAGCCCCUCGAGCAGGGUACUGUACCGUCGUCCAAGGUCUAGAUCGAUACAAGUAGCAUCCAAAUUUCUAAUGGAAUCAAAUCCAAUGGGUCUGAAGGACUCUACCGUCAUGGACCUUCUGCACACCACAUCACACAUCCUGACAUCAGUCCUACUGCAGUUUUGCUGCGCCGGUCACGCAUGACGAGCUGUGUUUUAAUCGAGUACAGUAUACCAUGGUGUGUAACCCUUGCAAGUAGGCUACAACGCCACUAUCACAACAAACCAGCUUUUUUUGAGCGCUCCUUACCGUUCAGUUCUAAGGCGACCA